UGGGCGCAGACAGAAGUCGCCGCGCGCAGAGGCCGCCGGGACGACGCCAACCGCCGCCAUUUUUAAAAACGGUCGGGGCCGUUCCAGCGAAGCGGGAGGCUGCGUCCAGCGUCGCUGAGGUAGGUGACACGGUGAGAGAGGCAAUGGAGGAGCUGAGUUUCUCGGAGGAGGAUAUUCGGAGCCAACUCGCUGCCCUCGGCUACCAUAACGUGUCCCAGGGGAGGCUGCGCGAGUUCCAGCAAGACCUGCAUCAGUUGAUCCAGCAUGAGCGGUCACGGUCGGGAUCGUCCAGUGCCUCUGUGAAUGGGCACAACCCCUCAUCGCCGUCCCGUGGUGCCAGCCUGCCUGCACAUGAGAGGGCUUGGCUAGAGCCUGGUUCGAGGCGGGCGCAAGUGAGCCGGAGUGAAGUGAGGGACCCGUACAUACGUCACACAACGCACGUCCCACGAGGCAGCUCCCCCACCGUGGGGCUCUCGCCCCUCCACGUUCCGAGGAAGACGCAGCUGGCUGCGUGUGACGGGGACCCGCAGAUCCCGGCCACCAAUCAUAGCUCACCCGAGGAGCCUUCCUUCGUUGACAGCAGGCGCCCCGUCUCGGCCACUGAAUUCCGGAAGCCUGCGAUCAAGCGCAAAGUGCUCAGGAGGCGUAAUGGAGAGGUGCAAGUUUUUGACGAGUCCACGGCGACAGAAAGCGAUGCAGAGACGACAAGCGAGUUUGAGUUCAGGCAACCGCCAAUAUCCCUGGAGAGUGACUCCGUGUCGCAGAGUGAAAGUGAGAGAACAGUCGGUGCCCGGGGGCGAAGGGAAUUCCAGACUCGACCUCCACCCUCACGGUGGACUUGGAGAUCGGCAAGUGAGGAUCGAGCUUCAUUCCAAGAUCAUCCACCCUCCUUCAUCAGACCCCAGAUGAACCAUCCCCACACAAGAAACUUGAAAAAGACCGACCCCGUUGCAAAAUAUUUCCAGUACAAGCAAGAAUGGGAGAAUUUUAAACCGCCUGGCGAAUGUAACCGAAAGAAUCUCCGUUGGAACAUUCGGGAACAUAUGCUUUACAAAGAAGAACCGCUUCCUAGACCCCAGCGUGUCUUCGCGCCAAACACGUACGUGGUACCGACAGAGAAGAAGCGUUCGGCGCUGCGCUGGGAGGUACGGCAUGACAUGGCGCGGGGAAACGCGCCGCAGUCAUUUUACUGCCCCCUCUGAUGUGCGCCUGUUAACGGCGCGCGCGUCUCUCUGCGUUGGCGAGGCGUUGGAGUGUCUUCACCAAAAAUCACCCGUGCGGUUUGCAAGAGAUUUUGUCAAGGGUAAUCCUGUAAAUAAAAUGGUUUGAAAGCAACUAUUCACUCGCAAAAUUAAGUUGCACUAUUUAUUUUUUGCUUAUUUGAAUUGGAAACGAAAGGUUACGUUACUCCUGGGUGGAUUUUCUACUGUCUUCUGACAAGAGUAUCCCAUUAAACAUUGUGGCAUGUUAUUUGUGUACUCAUUUUAAGUCCGAUCAUUUCAAAUGUACAACUUGUCCAUAUGUUAGUUUUUUAGUCAAUUUGGCUUUGACAAUGGCUUGCAGUGCAGCAAGGAGAGGUGAUAUCUGCAAGGAAGCAGGCGUAAUGAUCAAGUUUCACCUACAAAACCUUUCAUUUCUUGAGCGAACAAGGUGUAUGAUGUAAUAGUUUUAAAUGUUGGCACACGUGGGUUAUCUUUAAUUCAGAAUACAAUAUUCUUGUUUCUAAACAUCCUACAUGAGCAGACAAUUGUGCUCUGCCUUGCAAAAUUAGAUUUUUGUCACAAGGUUUGUGUAUGCACACGUGGAUCCAUGCAGUCUAUUUUAUAGAGAAUAAUGCUCUUAUAAUGGGGGAAUCAUGUACAUCAUGAAUUCUGAUUUGAAUGUUUUUAUACGUUUUGCUUUAUGAAUCAAAAGAUAAAAUUGCCUCGUUUUUAUUGGAGGCCUGGAUCCUUGCAGUCUGAAAUAUUUUGAUAUGAAGUUAAAUAAUAAUCAUUUGUAACUUAAUGCUCUGGAUGUGUUUGUGCCAAGUAUUUUGUGUGAUGUGCUAUAGUCUUGUGCCAAUAGUGACUGACUUCAAAAUAAAAUUACACUUCAUCUUUAAGGCAGACUUAAGACAUUUUUCCUGCUGCUGUAAGCAACAAUAUCCAUGGUUUUUAAAUAGAAAAAAAUACUUUGAAUGUUCAAGCUGUCUUUGCCUAUGCUUUCUGGUUUAUCAUGGUGUUAUUUUACAUGCAAUUUUUGUCCUUCACAAUUAUUUUUAAUAUGUAUAUUGUUUGCAAUUUACCAUUAAAUAUUCAGGCAAGA